CAUUGCUCUGGAACAAGAAUGGGAGAUGACAUUUACAGCAUCGUCAGCAUCCGGGCCACGCGGCCCAACAACAGGCCGCUGCGCGGCCUCUCGGGCUCCGAGUAUGACAGGAACCGGCGGAUGAACAAGGCGUGCAAUGUGAGCGUCGGAGUGUGCGCCGCCCCCGUCAUUCUGGCCCUGGUCGUGCUGCUCGCCAUCGAGUAUCAGAAGUACUCCCUGGAAAAGGCGCGGCAACAGCGAGCCAGGGCAAAAUUGCAGUCGACCAACUCCACGAGCGGUAACACGACUGCGGGCCGCCCCACCCACGAUGCGGGCAAGGCGAGUUCGGAGGCCGGGUCGCCGCCCGCACGCGACCAAGUGGUGUUCCCAGCCGAGGCCGUGCUGGCGGGCCUCCUCUUCAACCGGCGCCGCUUCUUCUUCGGCCGCUCGGUGGACUCCCACCGGGGUCCCUGCGUUGUGGCCGCCCCGCAGCCGCGCUGCCUCGUGGUGUGGCAAGGGAUGCCAGCACGAUUCGAGGACGACUUCGAGUACCUGGCCCACUCGGCGGGCGUGACGUUCUCGUGGACAGCGCACCAGGCUGGCCACCCGUGGCCGUCGAACGUGGUGCGCCUGACGGCCAACACCGCGUCGGGGCCCGGUCGCCGGCAGCACCGCGCGGAGGAGUUCCACUACGGCCGCAGCCCCGGCUUCGGCCGCAGCUCUCUGCUCGCCGGCGUCGUGCGCCUCUCCGAGUCGUCCAAGCUGAUCGUCAUCGACAACCAGCGGGUGCGCCUGUUCCCGCACUACGAGCUGCUGGUACGCAACCCGCCGGGUUACCCCGUGGAGCGCUGGCACCAGUGCCAGGACCGGUGCAACUCGACCGAGGGCGCAGUGUUCGGCGGACUCGAGGGUGGCACUCCCACCCUGGUUGGGAGGGCUUUCUUCGACGGCCGCUUCUCGCCCUGCAAGGUGGUCGCCGUGGGCUGCGUGCUGCCCGGAGGACAGGUGGCCCUCAUCUUCGAGUUCCUGGUCGAGUCCCGUGGCGUGGUGUUCGAGUGGGUGGACUUCGGCGGCGGCGGAAGCGCGAAGGGCAACGCCAGCGACGACCUCUCCGGGUCGCCGACGUCGUCGCCCGAAGUCGCUGAGGUGACCGUCGGAGGUGCACUGGUGGGCCGCAGCCGGCCGCUCAAUCCGGACGGCAGGUUGCUGCUGGGGGCCGUGGUUUCGGGCAACGGGUCACGGCUUUACGCCUGCGACGUCAGGGAACCACUGCCGGCGCCCUUGGAAACCUUCCAGGACGGCCUCGUUGCGGUGACGAACGCCACCAGCCAUGGCGCGGCUCCGGAGGAGGACUUCGCCAGCACCGGGACCGACGGUUCGGACCCCCUGCGGGUCGUCGCUGUCCCGUUUCGCCCUGUUCGCGCUGACGCUCUGCGUCGUGGCGUCGUCCCACGGAGUGGCGGCGGCGUUCGGGGCCGUCCGCAAGCGGGGCGAGGACGUGUCGCUCGUCGAGUGGUCGCACGGCACCAACAGCCGCUGGAAGCUGGAGCAGGCGCUGAGCGGCCGCGCGGCGCCGUACGUGGAGGCGGACGUGAGCCAGGCGGACGGCAUGGCCGUGAUGGCGCACCCGCCCGUGCGCUCGUGGGACCUGAGCCUGCGCGAGUUCCUGCGCAUCGUGUGCGGCUCGCCGCGCAACGUGACGCUCAAGCUGGACUUCAAGGCGAGCGAGGUGCUGGAGAGCGCCUUCCUGGACAUGGAGAGCGCGCCCCUGGAGAACUUGCGUGACCUCUGGCUGAACGCUGACAUCGUCGAAGGACCGGGCGGCAGUCCUGACGUGGAUGCCCAGCACUUCUUGCAGCUGUGCACCAGCCGUUUCCCGCAGGCCACCCUGUCGCUCGGCUGGACCACGCGUCCCAUG